AUUCUCUCUUUUUUUCAUUUUUGUUUCUCUCUCUUCUCGCCAUCGUUUAUUUUGAUCUACGUGUAAAUUGUUGUAGAGAUCGGAUUAGGGUUUGAGAUCUCUCUUUUAGCCGUUCUCGAUCUCGUCAAUGGCUGCUCCACCUGCGAGGGCUCGUGCUGAUUACGAUUACCUAAUCAAGCUUCUUCUCAUCGGCGACAGCGGUGUUGGAAAGAGUUGCCUUCUAUUGCGUUUUUCAGAUGGUUCAUUCACAACCAGUUUCAUUACUACGAUUGGUAUUGAUUUUAAAAUAAGAACAAUUGAGUUGGAUGGAAAACGUAUUAAGCUACAGAUCUGGGAUACAGCUGGCCAGGAACGCUUCCGAACCAUUACAACUGCCUAUUAUCGAGGGGCCAUGGGCAUUUUGCUUGUUUAUGAUGUCACUGAUGAGUCAUCUUUCAACAACAUAAGGAACUGGAUUCGGAAUAUUGAACAACAUGCUUCGGACAAUGUUAACAAGAUCCUGGUUGGUAACAAGGCUGACAUGGAUGAAAGCAAGAGGGCCGUGCCAACUUCAAAGGGACAAGCCCUUGCUGAUGAAUAUGGCAUCAAGUUUUUUGAGACUAGUGCAAAGACAAAUCUCAAUGUGGAGCAGGUUUUCUUUUCGAUUGCUAGAGACAUUAAGCAAAGGCUUGCUGAAACUGAUACCAAAGCUGAGGACAAGACGAUCAAGAUUAACAAACCGGAUCAGGCUGGUGAGGCUCAGCCAGCAGCAAAAUCAUCUUGCUGCGGCAACUCUUAGAAGGAUAAGUUCGAUGUUGGUAUGAGAAACACUAAUUUGCUUGUUAUAGGUAGUGGUGUAAUGAAAGAUAUGACGAUAAAAGCUUUCGGGUGUUUGUAUUUUACAUCUUAUCAUUCUUUUCAACUACCUUUUAGUCUGCAAUGUAGCAUUUCCGAAGAUAUUAUAUUUAUGGUUUCUUCUUGGAUCACUACAUUAGUUCCCCCUUUUUUUCCCCUGUAACUUGAGCAUUUUAUGUCAUUGUAUCCUCA